AUGUCAUAAAGUUUUGAAGAUUCAUAAUAAAUAAAUGUUCCAUAAACCACUUCUUAUAAUUGGUUAGGAGUCCUGAAGUUUUUACAAGAUUAAUAUAAGGAAAUGAACUAUAAAGAAACUGAAUAAACAUUGGAGAAGCAAUAAAAUUUAGAAAAAAUAAGUCAAUUAGAAGGUGAAUUAAAAGCAUAAGAAAAUAUUAAUAAAGAUUUAUUAAAAAGAAUUAAAAUGCUAGAAUUUGCAUUAAGAUAAGAACGUAUUCGAUAUUCAAAACUUUUAUAAGGAUAAAAUAUACCCUAAGAUAUUAUAAAGUCUGCUAUGUAAGAUGAAAAUAAUAUGUAGUUGAUAUAAAAUAACCUUAAUAUUCCUUAAAUACCUUAAAGAAAAGCAAAAUCACAUAGACCUUUAUUAUUAAAGUUAAUAUAUAUAAUAUAAAAGAAAAGAAAAUAUUUAAUAAUUUAUAAUUAUUUAAAGAAUUUUAUAAGAUAUAGAGAAAAUGACAUACCUAAUUUUAAUAAUAAUAAUAAUAAUGGAAGCAAUUUAGACAAUUCUUUUGUAGAAUUCAACAAAAGUAUUACGAAUUAAAAUAAAAAUAAUGAAACUUAAAAAAACAACAAUACAUAAAAAUAGCAAAUCAAUAAUUCGAAAAUUAUAAACAAAAGUUUAGAAAAAUAUGACGAGAAUAUAGAAGUAUAUUUUUUAAAAAAUAAUAAAAUAAAAUUUAUUAUUUUAUUUUAUUUAACUAUUUUUAACAAUAAAAGAAUUAUUAAAAAAGUAAAUCAAAUAUACUUUUAUAUAGAUGGUAUUUUUUUAUUUUUAUUAGUUGAAAAUAAUUAAUAUUUAUUUUAUUAUUUAUAAAGUUAAUUGAGAAGUCAUUUUGAUGGAGUUAGAGAUUGCUAUUUCACAAAAAAUAAUACAUUAGUAACAGUUUCAGAAGAUUGUAUGGUUAAAUUAUGGGAUACUCGAUAAUUUUAGAGUUCAAAUGAAGAAACUCAUUUAGAACCCUUUUAUACACUAAGAGAGCAUACAGGACAUUUAUAUGCAAUAUCAGGAUUAUCCUAAGAAAUAUGUUCUGAGAAAUAAAGUUAAAUAGUAUUUACCUCAGGAUCUGAAGGUAUAAUAAAAGUAUGGGAUAUUCCUUAAAGUGAAGACGUAGAUACAUAUGGUCCUACAGAAAACAAAAAUUAUUGUGUAGGUUCUUGGAGUUCAAACGAAGAGCCCAUAUGGUAAAUAUUAGGACAUCCUUUUGAGGUAAAAAAUAGAAAAAUUUAAUAUAAAAAAAAAUAAAAGAAAUAAAUUUUAGUAGUAAGUGCAGAUGGAACAGUUAAAUUAUGGGAAAUAAUGGAGGAGUUUAAUAAAGAAUACGUUGGAAAUUGUCGAUAAACAUAUGUAUAUAAAUAAGAUAAUAAAUAUGGAAUACCUACUUCUGCUUCAUGGAUUUAUACAAAUUUGAAUUUAUUAGCUGUUUCAUAUUUAACUUUUAACAAUAUAACUAUUUUUGAUAAAGAGACUGGUAAAGGUGUAAACGUACUUAGAUAUAAUUCUGAUUUUAAAGAUGAUUAAAUAUUUAGAUUUAUUGCCCAUCCAAAUAUGAAAAUUUUACUUUCAGCUCAUGAAGAUAAAUAUAUUAGAUUUUUCGAUAUAAAUUAAAAAAUGCCUAUUAAUCAUAUUUAAGCUCAUAAUGAUGCUGUUACUUCCCUUGCUUUUCAUUAAGAUAAAAAUUAUGUUAGUUCUACAGGACAUGAUGGAUUUAUUAAAACUUGGGAUUUAAGAUAAUAUAAAUGUGUUAGUGAAAUAAAAGCUCAUUAAAAUAAAUAUGAUGAAGCAGUCCAUAGUAUCAUUAUUAACUAAAAUUAUAAUUAUAUUGCUUCAUGUGGUGCUGAUGGAUAUGUAAAUAUUUAUAACAGUAGUGUAUGA